GACCCAAAUAAAGACACGGAGUGGAAUGAUAUCCUGCGCAAGAAAGGUAUCCUUCCUCCAAAGGAAAACCUGGAGGAACAGGAGCGUGCAAAGGAAGAGGAGCAGCUUGCCAUCCUUCAGAAGUCUCUUGUGAAAACUUAUGAGGACAUGACUCUGGAAGAGCUAGAAGAGAAUGAAGAUGAAUUUAACGAGGAAGAUGAGAAAGCUAUUGAAAUGUACAGGCAGCAACGGUUAGCAGAAAUGAAAGCAGCACAGCUGAAGAAUAAAUUUGGGGAAGUGUUGGAGAUUUCGGGAAAAGAUUAUGUUCAAGAGGUUACAAAGGCUGGAAAAGGUAUAUGGGUAGUCCUGCACCUCUACAAACAAGGAAUUCCACUCUGUGCCUUAAUAAAUCAACAUAUGAGUGGGCUUGCAAGAAAGUUCAGAGAUGUGAAGUUCAUCAAAGCGAUCUCUACCACCUGCAUUCCCAACUACCCUGAUAAGAACCUGCCUACAAUAUUCGUCUACCUGGAGGGAGACAUCAAAGCUCAGUUCAUUGGGCCUUUGGUGUUUGGUGGCAUGAACCUCACAAGGGAUGAAUUGGAGUGGAAGAUUUCGGAGUCCGGUGCCAUCAAGACAGACCUUGAGGAGAACCCCAGGAAGCAGAUCCAGGACCAGCUCAUGUCUUCAAUCAGGGCGUGUGUCCCAGACAGGGCAGAGAGUGACUCAGAGGAUGACUAACUCCUGUGAUGGCAUCAAGAUUGAAACAGUACACUUGCAGCCAGUGUUCCCACCUAGAGCACUGGAGAUGCUCAUCAAGAUCUCACUGAGCCCCAGAAGGGUAGUAUUUCAAGACAGCCAUUUAUCUAGAAACUUCUAGAAACUGAAAAAGUGUCUUUUUUAAAAAAAAAAACAAACUUAUUGCAGCUUCACUUAAGAUCCUGAAAGACAUUUUAUAUUAUGAAGCCUGAGUAAAUCUUACUCAAAGUUUUAAAAUAUAGACAUCAGUAGAAA